AUGUAUGAGAUAUUAGUGAGAAUAGUGUAUGAGUUUUUGUUGUCUGCCUUCCGAGUCUUGGGCAAAGGUUUGGGAGCACAGCAAUUUUUAUACAAGUUAGGCUUCUGUGGUCUCUGUUUUUGGGAUAUAUUGUGCGACGACGGUCCCUUUGGCUACUCUGGUCUAUCUAACUGUAUCGUUGGCCUUAUGUGUACUUGGUUUCUGGGUUUUAGUAACCCGAGUCUUGUGUUUAGGUCAAGAAAAAAUGAACAUUUUGAGGUAUGGUAUUCACUAUACAUUCAUAUCUGGCCAAACAGGUCCACCUUCCUUAUUGAACUAUUCCUUAGAGAAAUUGGCCAGUUUUUGCUAGUCCCUUCUUCUGUUGGGUGCUCAAAAUCUCACUUAUAUAUUAAGACGGUGGUCUCUUGGUCACUAUGGGAAAUGAGUGGUGAUUCCGAUGGUGAUUUUGGAAAGUACCAUGAACAUUUUUCGAAAUCACGAUCGGAAUCACCACUCAUUUUCCAUAGUGGGAUUAAAAUGGUUCUUAGUAAUGGUAACCCAUUCGCUAUGUUCUCAGAUGAUUUUGGUUUACAUCUAAACACAAUUAUAGACAAAUUAAGGUCGUUAAAAUGGCAUUGUCUUUGGAAGAGGAAACAUUUGCCUGAAAUGGGACUCUAUAUAUCCUCAGUAAAGUAA